AUGCCUGAAAAUCCGGUCGUCAAACAAAUGGUGUUCCCACCUGAGGUUCUUGCCCGCAUAGCUCCAGAUAUCUCGCUCCAAAGGCAUCUUUCAGUGGGGUUAAGACCUUCCCUCAGAGGGUUCAAUGAAUUUAGACCCAUGGAAGUGUCAGAAGGAGGUUUAAACGACGUAGGGAAAAAUAAUUUAAUAGGGCUGUCUGUAGUUAAAAGUGGAGAUACAAGAGUUAUCUGUGGGAUAACACUUGGAAUUGUCGAAGAAAACUCUGUUGACAAGAUCUUAUCAUUGACAUCUUCCGCUGAAGAUGAUUCUUUGGAAAACUAUUCAUCUGUUUACCCAGUGGUUGACAUCUCUAGGGGCCGUUCUGGUGCCCCCACUGACGAAGAAAUGAUUUUAUCACAAAAGCUUUAUGAAACUAUAUUGCAUAACAAGAUUAUUGACAACGAAGCAUUGAAAGUACAAGUAGGAACAAAGGUAGACAAUGAUAUCAUAUACCCUGAUGGAUCAGGUGAAAAUGACGAUCUUUUGAGACCUAAGAAGAAUUGGUCCUACACCUUAUACGCCCACGUAAAGGUGUUUUCAAGAUCGGGCCCCUUAUUCGACAUAUGCUACUCAGCCUUGAUAGGUGCACUUAAGAAUUGUAAGAUUCCAAGAGCAUACAUCGAUGACAAGUCUACUGAUAUUAGGAUCCCUGUGCGUAGUCGUGGUAACUUUGGACAUUUGAGAGAAUCUUAUAACUUGUUGUUAGACACCAACUACAACGAAAACUUGAGCAUUAAAGAGGCUGGCACGCCAUCUAGUUACGGGAUAAUAGAUGUAGAAAAACCGGUGGCCGAAGCCGGAGAUGAAGACGAUAUGGAUGUCGAUCAAGCUCCCGCUGCUACCACUGUUUUGUUAGCAGACUUAGAAGGUGAAGCUGAAGAGACUUGUGCUGUUCUGAAAAUCAACAUAAUAUCGAGCAAAGAUUCAUUAAAGCCACUCAAACAUAUAAGUAUAAUUGGUGGAGGAUCUCGAAUUACGAAGGCUCUAUUAAAGGAAUCUAUUAGAAUAGCGAACUUAAGAUCAGAAUUAUAA